AUGAUUAAAUCUUUUCGAAGUUCCGCUGCUAUCGCUCUAGUAUGCAGCAUCCUUUUCCAUCAGAACUAUCAACAUGGCGUAUGGGCCAAAGAAAUCGAGGUUACGAAAGAGUGGCAGCUUCUUGGAGAGAAUGAUACCAUACCAGCUGGAAUGCACGUUAGAAUGGACAUGACCACAGGGGAAAAGUGGGUCAAGCAACAGACUGAGGACGACGAUGGCGAAUCAGCAACUUCAACCGAAGCGGCCAUCAUUCAGGGCGAUGGUAGUAUCCAAGUUGUUCCAAAAGCUGAAAACGACGCGGAAUCGGCCAUCACCGAAAAAAGCAAAAAGGGAGAAGGAACUUAUGAUUUCAACAUGAUGCAUCGGACCCUCUCAAAACUGCCAGAUCAGGAGAAAGAAAGGAUAGGGGGUCUUCCAGAGUUGCCCCAAAGCACAACUUCAAGGAAAAUAACUUCGAAAGAACGAAAAGAAUUCGAAUCUCGUAUGGCAGAUAUUUGGGAGAGACGACAAAAAGAACUAAAAGAACUGGAGUUGCAGUUGAUGGACAUGCCAAAGCUUUUAAAGGAAAGGAUAAAGAGUAUUCAGGAGUAUCUGAAGGAUCCAAUCGCUCAUUUGAAUGGGAUGGAACUGGACGAAGAGGUUCCUUACGGACAAGUCUCGCACAUUGUCUCUGUCCUUCAGGAUUUGGAAUACCAACUAGGUGACGUGGACAUGUCACGAGACUUUCAUACACUUGGUGGGUGGCCACUGCUCUCGUCCCUACUUUCAGAGGAAGUCCAUGUACCACAAAACAAGACAAUUUCCAGACUGUCGCGAAGCAUGGAGACCAAGAUCCGAUCGGUCCAAUCCAAUGCCGCCUGGGCUAUGGGAACUUCGGUAAAGAAUACGGCAGAGUUUUCCCCAUAUGCUGUGGAACCAUUUGUUAUGAACAACAGCAAAGAGCGCACGACAGCCAUUGACGAACUGAUCGCAGUCGUUUGCAAACCAUACGACGAUCCAGGAUCAUGGGAUAUCCGAAACUUGAUGGGAAAGGCGAUUUACGGUAUCGGGUCAUUGCUGCGAGGCAAUCGACUUGCGCAGGCCCACAUUGUCAAAUCGGACGGUGCCAUGAGAUUGGGCAAAACAUUUGAAGCAAUCGCUUCGGAUCAAUUGCAAACCUUGGGUCAAAAGGUAGUACAGAAGUUGCUCUCACUAGCAGGUGACAUUGUCUCUGAUAUCAUCCUGCACCCUGAAAUGGCAUCGCCUGAUGUCAAUACCAAGAUUCUUGAGUCGUUUACUACCUCUGAAUGGUGCGGCGCUACAGCCACCGUCCUUGAGAACGAUUUGAUGGUGGCACCCGCGGCACAACAGACCGUUCUCGAGACGGUACAUAUUCUGACUCCAUAUUGUCGUCCAUCAUGGGCAGAGAAAAUGUCUGGCAUGGAAUCCUCCAUUGAAAAGAUGAAGACUGGGUGGGAGGCUCGAAAAGAUACGAUAGACGCAGAUCAUUUGGACCAAUUGAAUGAGUCCGCAAAACAAGCAAUAGAAUCUCUAAAGACUAGUUGA